CCUGGAAGUAAUAUCAAAAACGCCGUUCGUUCAGGUUUGGUAAAAAGACUCGAGUGUAAACAUUUCUUAAUCAUUUAGCAAACCACAUUUAAAAAAAAAUGUUUCGUAAGGCAACGCGGAGAAAUAUUAGAGAAAGGAAAGACGAUUCCAGUGAAGACGAUCGAAAAGAAGACGAGGAUGAGAGUGAAAUACCUUCUCUUCAGAUCAAACCAUCAAAACUAUCUCAAACCAGAGGAAUAACCUGUAGUUCCAAGGCUCAAAAAGCUCCCGCAAAAUCGGAUUCUAGUGGAGAGGACGAUGACGGAAUGGUUUACUCUGCUAGCAGCCCAGGUCCUCCAAAAGAGCAAACCAAAACAAAGACGCUUACUUUCUCCGAUGACGAAGGCCCUGAGUCUGAAUUCAAAAUAAAGAAAGCCAAAGACAAAUUGGUUGUAUUCAGUUCUCGGAAAAAAGAAGGUUCACCAAUCAAGAUUUCUGAAGCAAAAGAUGUCUCCCGGAAAAAGCAGCCCACAGUAGAGUCAGAGAGUGACUCUGCAGAAGAGGAAAUGAGUGAAAGUGACAACAGCGACAUCAGCUCUAUGACAUCGAUGUCCUCUCAGUCCUCAGCGCCUGCCCAGAUCCCCAGGUCUCCAGUGCCAGUCUCCAUCCCUGAUGCUCGGAAGAUCCGUGCCGCCAAGGAAGCACGUCAGCGGGCACGGGCCCAAAGGGACUACAUCUCUCUGGACGGAGAUCGAGAGAGCACCCCCGGCACGGGAGAGGACGAGGAUCUGGACGACGUGGAGCGAGAGCGAGACAGCGACAACGAGUUUGAUGACCACGAGCGCCGUAUCGAGUUUGCACCCCGACCCCAAACGCUCAGAGAGAGGAUAGCGGAAAAGAUGGGUGAAAGUGACAGUGAGGACAGCUCUGAUGACAGCGAGGAGGCCGAGGCCCAGAGCCUGUGGGAGGCCCAGCAAAUUGAGAAAGGUGUGAAAAGGCCACAGCUAAGUAGAGGCGAAUGUGAGCUUCUCAAUGAGCUGCUCCAGAAUAUUUUGCAGAUCUCCAAACCGGGAAAAGAGUCAGGGAAGAGGAAGAGACUGCAAAUCCCUGAAUCACUUCCUGCUGUGAGCUUCAGCAUCAUCAAGAAGAGGAUUACUGGAAAACUGGAGUCCUUGAGAAGUGUUCACCGGGCCCAUGAGGCGGAUUUGCGGAAGCUCCAGUUUGAUGUGGACGAGGCCAAGAGCACCCUGGAGAACCUGGAGAACACCACUGCUGAGGAACAGCUCAAGUUCUACCGGAACAUGCGUGUCUAUGCCGACAACCUGAUCGAAUGUCUGACAGAGAAGAUGGUGCUGAUCAACUCAGUGGAGAUGGACAUGCACUCUCUGUACAUCGACCAAGCGGAUGCACUGUUCACCAAAAGGAAGGAGGUGGUGAGGGAGGAGUCCUCUCGUCUCCAGCAGCUAUCGUUUAACACAGAUACAACUGGUGACGAUCCCAUGGGAGCUCAGGGCAGAGAGGAGAGCAUCUCGGAGGGACAGCUGGAGCUUGCGUGCCUGCCUGCCGACACAGAGGACAAACCUGAACAGCAGGAAGAGCUUCAGAGGAAGAAAGCGGACAUCCUGAAGAGAGCGGAAGCCAUUUUCUCAGACGUCCAUAAGGAUUUCUCCGACAUCAGUAAGAUCCUCUCCAGGUUUGAUGAGUGGAGACAUUCCUACGCAGACUCCUACAACAAUGCGUACAUCGGCCUGUGCCUGCCCAAACUCCUGAGCCCCAUCGUCAGGCAGCAGCUCAUUGGCUGGAACCCUCUUCAGUCAGAUGGUGAGGACUUUGAGGGCCGGCCCUGGUACUCUGCAGUUGAGAAGUUCUGCCACGGACAAGGACACGAGGAGUCUGAGAAUGCGGACAUUAAAACCAUUCCUGCAAUCAUAGAGAAGACUGUCCUGCCCAAGAUUCAAGGCUUUGUGGAGUUGGUGUGGGACCCUUUAUCUCUGAGACAGACCCAGUGUCUUACAGUCCUUUGCAGGAGACUACAGGACGAUUACUCCAUCUUCAGUGGCGAUCAGAGCAAGCCUGUCAAGGCCUUCUUGAUGUCGGUCACCUCGCGGCUGAAAAGUGCAGUUGAUGAAGAUGUUUUCAUCCCUCUCUAUCCAAAGAAGUACUUGGAUGACCGGGCUUCACCACAGUACAGAUUUCAAACACAGCAGUUCUGGUCAGCAGUGAAGCUUCUCGGUAACAUCACCCUGUGGGAUGAUAUCCUAACGGAGCACACUCUGAAGGAGCUGGCUCUGGACAAACUCCUUAAUCGCUACCUCAUGAUGGCCCUGCUCAACGAGUCCGACAGCCAGCUCACCGUGGAGAAAUGCAAAAAGGUGGCAGCAUGCUUUCCCAAGUCCUGGUUCGAGGACUUGGACACAAGAUCAUCUCUGCCUCAGCUGAAGAGUUUCUGUAGUCAUCUGCUGCAAACUGGGCACUCUGUUUGCAAAGACAAUACUCCUCCAGACAGGACAAGGGACAUUUUGAAAACUCUGUUCACCAUCAUGGCAGAUGUCAAGGCAUGGGAUGACCUGACUACAAUAGCAGAAAAGUACCACCACACAGACUUAAUGAGUCAGUUAUUCUAAAAGGUGAAAAAAUAUUCACCUUUUAGUAGUCCUCAUAAGAAUCAUAAAUGCUACUUUUGUACCGGUCUAUGGAAAAAUCUUUAAUUGAAAAUAAACAUUAUUUUUUAUAAUAUG